AUGUCGGAAGUUUAUAGUAUUGAGCCCAAAACAUCUGGAAAAGUAAUUAUACAUACCAGUCUAGGCGAAUUAGAAAUUUUACUUUUUAGUAACGAAUGCCCAGUAGCAUGUAAAAAUUUCAUUCAAUUAUGCUUAAAUAAUUAUUAUAAUAAAAAUAAGUUUUUUCGAGUUGUUCCAAAAUUUUUAAUUCAAACUGGGGAUCACACAAAUACUGGAUUACAUAACGAAUAUGCCUUUAAGGAGCCUUUCCCAAAUGAAUGUAAUAGUCGAUUAAAAUUUUUAUAUCCAGGAUGUGUAGCUUUUGCUAACUUAAAUAUAGACAAUCCUUCGAAUGGUAGUCAAUUUUUUAUUACCCUUGAUAAAUCUGAAUCCUUAAAUAAUAAAAGUACUAUAUUUGGAAAAGUAGCGAAGCAUAGUUUAUAUAAUUUAAUGAAAUUUAAUAAUAUUAAAACUAAUAAAAAUGAUGAACCUAUAGAAGAUGUCCCAUAUAUUGAAUAUAUAAAAGUUAUUGAAAAUCCCUUUCAUCAUUUAGUUCCUACUAUCCAUAAUGAAGAAAAUAAAACAAAACUAAAAAAAGGAGAUAGCUCAGAAAUAAAACCCAAAAAACGUCUAAAAAAAAAUUUACUUUCUUUCGCUGGUGAAGGAAAUGAUGGAGAUCAGGGAGAAUACGACGAAGAUGAAGAGAGAGAAAGAGAAAAAGAAUGGGAGGAGGAACAGGAAGAAGAAGACAUGGAUGGGGAGAAGGACAUAUACGAGGAUGAAGAGAAAGACAUUGAGAAGGAAGAGGAAGAGGAAGAAGAAGAGGAGGAACGGGAAGAAAGAGAAAAGGCAAAAAAAGAAGCAAAGGAGGAUGAUGGCGAAACCGAUGACGACAACAAAAUUGCAAAGAAAAAAAAAAAAGGUAAAAAAAAAUUACUUUCCUCUGCUCGUAAGGGAAAUGGUAGAAAUCUGGGAGAAUACGACGAAGAUGAAGAGAGGGAAAGAGAAAAAGAAUGGGAGAAGGAACAGGAAGAAGAAGACAUGGAUGGAGAGAAGGACAUAUAUGAGGACGAAGAAAAAGAUAUUGAAAAGGAAGAGGAAGAGGAAGAAGAAGAGGAGGAACGGGAAGAGAGAGAAAAGGCAAAAAAAGAAGCAAAGGAAGAUGAUGGUGAAACGGAUGAUGACAACAAAAUUGCAAAGAAAAAAAUAAAGGGUAAAAAAAAAUUACUUUCCUUCGCUCGUAAGGGAAAUGGUAGAAAUCUGGGAGAAUACGACGAAGAUGAAGAAAGGGAAAGAGAAAAAGAAUGGGAGAAGGAACAGGAAGAAGAAGACAUGGAUGGAGAGAAGGACAUAUACGAGGAAGAAGAGAAAGACAUUGAGAAGGAAGAGGAAGAGGAAGAAGAAGAGGAGGAACGGGAAGAGAGAGAAAAGGCAAAAAAAGAAGCAAAGGAGGAGGAUGGCGAAACGGAUGACGACAACAACAUUGCGAAAGCAAAAACAAAGGGUAAAAUAAAUUUACUGAAAAAAAAAACAAAUGAAAUAGAAAAAUUAAAUUCAAAGAAAAAUAAAAGUGACUCAUCCUUAAAGGAAAUCACAGACUUAGAUGAAGAGUAUUUGAAGAAAAUAAAAAAACACAAAAAAAUGUCCAAAAAAGAAAGAGAAAAAGAGGCAAUUAAAAAGUUAAAAGAAUUUGAUAGUCGCCUGGGGGACCUUUUUUCAAAGAAUGGUAGCCAAAAUGAUGGGUCAAAACCCGACUGGAUAAACACAACAGGAUUAAAAUUCCGCAUUGAUUCCUCCAACGCUUAUGACCAUGAAGACCUUAAAAAAAAUGUUGUGAAUUCGAUGGAUAAUGAAAGGAAAGAAACUUACAACCCCAAUUUUGAUAUGAAGAAAUAUAAGAAGAAAGGAGAAAAAUAA